GUGUUCGGUAGCCACCCAUCAUGGCCGGUGAAUGAAUCGGCGACGGUAUCCACCUGCAGAAAACCUUCAGUCCACGUGUGUCCAGACCCAGAGAUCAAUUUGACCUGUUUAAGUAUAUUUGUAGGAUCAAACAUGAGGUGACGGGAUUUCAACAAGAGCAGUUGUGAUUGGUGUACGUUCCAUGAGAAGAAAACAAGAUGGCGUUGCACAAGCUGGAACUAUUUGAAAAUAAUAUAGGUGUCAGCGAUGCUGUGCUGCUAGAACCAAUAGAAGAAGAGGGAUUUAUAGAAAACUUGAAAAAGAGGUUUCACCACGAGCAGAUUUAUACCUACAUCGGGACAGUAGUCGUGUCAGUGAACCCGUACAGAAAACUCCCGCUGUACACAGAUGAUGUCAUAUUUGAAUACAAGAGUAGAAACAUAUACGAACUCCCGCCACAUGUUUACGCCAUAGCAGACGACGCGUACAGGUCCAUGAGAGAUAAAAACCUGGACCAAUGUAUCAUAAUAUCUGGAGAGAGUGGGGCUGGAAAGACAGAGGCCAGCAAGGUGAUUAUGCAGUAUGUGGCUGCAGUGUCAGGCAAGGGACAGGAUAUAGACAAAGUAAAGGAACAACUUCUACAGUCAAAUCCUGUCUUAGAAGCAUUUGGAAAUGCCAAGACAAACAAGAAUGACAAUUCUUCAAGAUUUGGCAAAUAUAUGGACAUAGAAUUUGAUUACAAAGGGGACCCCAUUGGAGGCUUGAUCACAAAUUACCUUCAUGAAAAGUCUCGUGUUGCAGUCCAUGCAGAUGGGGAAAGAAGCUUUCACAUUUUCUACCAACUCUUGAUUGGAGCUGACAACAAUUUGUUACAGUCUCUAAAGUUGAGGAAGAACUAUGAAAGUUACAACUUUCUGAAGCACAGUGGAUCCAUUGAGGUGGAUACCAUUGAUGACAAACAGGACUUUCAAGUCACCAAGAGGGCCAUGGAGGUGAUAGGCUUCAGUCCUGAGGAAGUCCGCGGCGUGUUUGAACUGGUGGCAAGUGUACUUAAACUGGGCAACGUAGAGUUUGUUGGCCAGAGCAAUAUGGACGGCACGGACGGCUGUCAGUUGAAAGAGUCCUACGAGGUUGAAGAAAUCUGUGAUCUCUUGAAGUGUCAGUACGAGGUGCUACAAGCAGCGUUGACGGAGAAAACGGUGGAAACGAGAGGUGACAAGGUCAAAGUUGGACUGAGCGGGGCAGGGGCUGCAUAUGCUCGCGAUGCCCUAGCUAAGGCCAUGUACAGCAGGUUAUUCUCAUGGCUGGUACGCAAGAUCAACGACAGUAUCCAGAAAACUAUUAUGGUGCGUACACCAGGCAAGAAGAAAGUCAUGGGAGUUCUGGAUAUAUAUGGCUUUGAAAUAUUUGAAAGCAAUAGCUUUGAGCAGUUCAUUAUCAACUAUUGCAAUGAGAAACUACAGCAGAUCUUUAUAGAGCUCACACUGAAGGAGGAACAGGAGGAGUAUAUCAGAGAGGGGAUAGAGUGGAUCCACGUUGACUACUUUGAUAAUUCUGUGAUCUGUGACCUCAUUGAGAAGAGUAACGUUGGAAUAUUGGCAAUGCUGGAUGAAGAAUGUUUGCGACCAGGCAACGUCACGGACACCACGUUCUUGAACAAGCUAAACCAGACGUGCUGUGAGCACCCGCACUUUGAAAGUCGAGGCACGAAGAAGGCGCGCUCUGACAAGAGUCUACCGCAUGACUCAUUUAGGUUGAGACACUACGCAGGAGAGGUUGUGUACAAAGUGGAUGGUUUCCUGGAGAAAAACAAUGAUCUGUUGUUCAGAGAUUUAUCCCAGGCUAUGUACCAGUGUCAGCACUCUCUCUGCAAGGAUUUGUUUCCAGAAGGUGAUCCUGACAAGAUAUCUUUGAAGCGCCCCCCGACAGCUGGAUCCCAGUUUAAAGUGUCUGUGGCUGAGCUGAUGAAAAAUUUGCUCUCCAAGAAUCCAAAUUAUAUUCGCUGUAUCAAGCCCAAUGAACAGAAGAGGGCGCGUGUGUUUGAGGAACACUUAGUGAGACACCAGGUCAGGUAUCUGGGGUUGAUGGAAAAUGUCCGAGUAAGACGUGCAGGCUAUGCCUUCAGACAGCUUUACCCUCAGUUUGUAUAUCGCUACAAGAUGCUCUCCGCCGCAACAUGGCCCAACUGGUAUGGCGUCCCAAAAGAUGGAGUCAAGGAAAUCCUGAUCGCCCAAGACAUCUCCAGUGAUGAAUAUACCUUUGGCAAGACAAAACUGUUUGUGAGGAAUCCACGCACGCUAUUUGACCUUGAGGAGAGGCGGCGUGACAGGAUGCACUACCUGGCCACGGUAGUACAGAAGAUCUACCGAGGAUGGCACCAGAAGGAACUGUUCCAGAAGAUGAAGAGGAGCGAAAUCCUAAUAGCAAGUCAAUGGAGGGGAUAUAGGGAAAGGCAGAACUAUCUGCGGACAAGAAAGGCAAUCAUUACGAUGCAGUCGUACCAGAGAGGCUGGAAGGCUAGGCAAUUGGCCAAGAAAAUCCGUCGCGCAAAGUUAUGUCUGUGGGCCGUAGGUGUCAUAAGGAAAUACUUCCAAGGUUGGCAGGUACGGAGAGAGUACCGACGAAAGUUCCGCUCUCAUGCUGUCCCUAUUAUGAUCCGUUUUCUGCAAGUGUCACUGAAAAGGAAAUUUCUUCUUGACUUGUCCAAAAAGUUGCCUAGCCUGUCCCCCAUAGAUCAGAAGUGGCCUGAAUGCUCUAUGCUGCACAAAGAGGCCUCGGAGGAAAUACGGAAAAUACACCAUAGGUGGCGGUGUAAUAAAUACAGAGCAAAGUUCGAUGAUGCUGCCAAGUCCAAAAUGAGGGAGAAAGUGACAGCAAGUAAUAUUUUUAAAGGAAAGAAGGUCAAUUACCCAGAGAGUGUUGCUCACCCAUAUAAUGGAGACUACAUAAAAAUAAGAUACAAUACAAAAUGGCAGAAAGUGGCAUCACAGACAGGAGAUACGCAGGUGGUCUUUGCCGAUCAAGUCAGCAAAAUACACAGGUCAAAUGGAAAGAUGGCCAGUAAACUUCUGGUGGUCAGUACCAGUGCCUUACUAGUAGUGGAUCAGCGCUCUCUAGCAGUCAAAUAUAGAAUUCCUGUCAACAUGAUUGAAAAACUUUCCCUUAGUCCCUUCUCCGACACUCUGGUUGUUGUUCACGUCAAGAAGCAUGAAAAUGGAAAUAAAGAUGUAAAGAAAGGAGAUUUCAUCUUCAGUGUGGAUCAUGUCAUUGAACUGGUGGCCAAGUUAUACCUUGUGAUUCACAACAGCUCUGGGGCCACGCCGGAUGUGAUCAUCUCUCCAAGCUUCCAAGCAGAAUUAAGUGGGAAGUCUACGCAAAUGGCCUUCAAAGAAGCUAAUUCCGGAAACAACAUGGGAGGGGUGAAAAUUAGCAAGAAAAAUAACAGUUUUGAAAUCUUAGAAACUUAAUCUAGAUGCGAUGUCAAGUUCAUAAACUUAGCAAAGACAGAACUGGGUCAGUGUCCACAAGGAAAAUAUAAUGAAUUGGCUGGGCUUAGCCUUGUAAAUUCAGAUAGCCCACUACUUGAGGUGAACAGAGAUGGACUAGGCCUUCUUAAUUCAGAUAGACUACUACUUGAGGUGAACAGAGAUGGGAUUAGCUGCCCAAAUUUGGUUAGACCACUUCAUGAAGGGGACUAAGUAAGCAAUUAUAGCAGUGCGGGACUGUUUUAAAAUGAAUACGCCACUGAAGGUGACUUGAUUUAUCAGAGGUGACUAGAAUCAUUACUGUAGAAAUAUGAGUCAAAACAAUUAAGGUUUGGUGUGAGAGUUGAGUUUUUAGACUAAAAGAAGAAGGAACCUUGUAAGUGACCUUAAGAUUUUCUGUGAACCAUAAUUCUGUUAUAGAUGAUACUUAUAAACACAAGCUGAAUAUAAUUAUCAUACCAUUAGCUUAUAACAACUCACCUCCGUCUGAUGAAGACCUACGUCCAGGUUGACCGCAAGCUAACCGUGUGAAAUUAAUUUCAGCUUGUGCUAAAUAUCAUAUAUGAUCCAACAACCAAGGUAAGAAUGUUUUUGUUCAUAACUGAUUUGGUUUGAUGUUUUAGUUUCAAUAGUUACAUAGUUAAAAUUUUCAUAUGCGUCAUUCAUUCUGAUACGGUAUUUUACCAUUUCAAGAUUUAUCAUUUUUAUUGACUCACCAACAUAUACUCGGUGGUAUUCAACCAACUCACUUUGCAGAAUUUCUGAAUCCACUUUCAUGUUCUCCUAACUAAAUGUUAUUUUAGGGGAAUAUUAGUAUUCUUGCACUGAAGAAACUAAAAAAGUUACAGCAAAGGGUCAAAGCUGUCAGACUUAAUAUUCUCCUCUGGUUUCAAAUUUUGAAGUAGUUUCAGAUUUUGGAUAGUUUGGGCAAAGUUUUGAGGGAGUUUCACCUAGUUUGAAAAUAUAUUCAGGCACUGGUUUGGAUUUUGAACUGUAAAAUUAUUGUCUAUUUUAGUGCAAGAAAUGUGUUAUAUAAACCCUUUCCAUCUAAACUGUCAUACAGCUACACUUAUUCUUUAUUCCAUAUAAGUUUUAACUCUGAGAUAUAAUCUGUUUUUGAGUAUUUUGCUUUUCAUCAUUUGUUUGUAAUUGUGAUACAGAACAUUACUGGUACAACUACUUCAACUCGGGACUUGGGACAAAACGUCCCAGCUAAAUCUCAAAACGUUUACUACGAAAAUAAACAUUGAAUGUUAGCCAUUCCAUAUAAGUAAUUCUACAGACAGCAGCGUCAACGAGAAAAGAAAUGUUUCUAGUAGUGACCACCGUAAGAUUCCUCAGAAAUGUGGCCUUUGAGCUUUCCUGCAGGUCAGUUCAUGGACAAUUUAGACAUACAAUCUGACCUCAUGCUUCCAUAUAUUUAUGGACAUUGUUUAAGUUAUGAUAGAUAGUUUAUAAAUUUCUAAUUUAUUCUUAUGGGUUUGACCUCAAAAAAUCCACUCUGUCACAGUCUAGGCCACCUGAAAAUCAAGAAAGCAUCACCUGUCAGUACCCUCUUUUAGAAUAUAGAUGUCAGCACGCAACAAGAUAAGCCAUACAAGAUGUACCAUUCUGAAAUUAAUAUUAAUAAGCAUGGCUAGUUAUUAAGAUAGUUUUAGUUUUCAGACAUUCAUCAGUGAUCACCAUGAUGCUAAAUAUUGAUUGUUCUGAUAAUUAUAAGUAGACCACUUAAACAUAAUAUUCUUUAAAAGAAAAUUAGUUGAAUCUGUUAAUAUAUUGUUAAGGAGUAUCUUUAUAUUGUGUUACUUAAAUAUAUAUUAUAUAUAUACUAGCAUAUACGAUACCAGUAGAUGUAGUAUAUGUAGACUUUGUACUAUCUCAACGCACAUUCAUACAGAAGGUCUGGACCAAAUUAAGUGCAUGUACUUAUGUAGCAUUUUACUGUGCUUGAAUCAACUACUUUCACAAAAGAACUUUAGGCUGACUGUUGGGUUUUAUAUAUUUUGACCCAAGUGAAAUUAGUAGAAGUCUAGUUAUAUUAAGUAAUAAGUCCAAUUUAGAGCAACAAAGAAAUGGCAACUGUUUUAGACCAAAAGAUUUGGUCCAAAAGAAUGUUUGUAAAACUGAUCCUUGGUGAGUGUUGUAAAAAAAUUAAGGUAUUUAGAAUUUUUCUCACAGUGAAGUCCAGUCAAUAUUGCAUCAUUUGUGAGCAUAGAAAAUUUACACAAAACAAGCUCAACAAUUUUGGUAUUACUUGCUUUAUAGAGUCAGUUUAGCUGAAGUGUAGUUUUUGGUUUUUGCAGUCUUAUGUAUGUUAUUGAUAUUGUUUUGUAAUAUUAAAACAUAUGCAUGUGCUUUUUAUUUUCAUGUUAAAUUUUUUUAUUCCUGUGUUAUAUUAUUCAAGGCACGUAAAAAGAUUUCAUAAAAGCCAAAUGUUUUGUCAGCUUUCAAACGAUUUUAUUGUUUAAAAAUAUUGCAUAAGAGUGCUUUAAUUUUAUCUUAAAAUGGGUGAUUACUAAUUAUGAAAAAAAUUAAAGCAUUGUGAAAGUAAAAAUUUUAUCUGAUAAAAGACCGUUGGUUUAUAACAUCGCCUGAUGUUGGCUUGGUUGUGCAAGAUGUACAUUGUGCUAGUUGGGAAGUUUAUUUAUUCUGUUAGUUGAGCUUUCUUGUUGAUUAUCAAUAUUAUUAUUUUAUGUGCGUGUCAAUAUAGAAAGUGAGCACAACAUUUAUAAGUAGUUGAUAUAAAUAUACAGACACACAUCGUUUCUCUAACCAAUCUGAGAUUGGGAAAGUCAAGCUUCAGUUAUGUUUGCUGCAUGAAAAAAUAUUUAUUCUUAUUAUACAUCUGUAGGCUUUUUACUUCAUGUGCAGUUGAUAUUGGAUUACAGAACAGUCUUAAUUGGACAUGUUGGUGAGCAAACAUUUGAGUGUAUCAACUUUGUGAAACUUGUUAUUUGUUUGUGAGAUUUAGUUAGAUUAUAUUCCGUCAAAUUCUGAAAUGAAGUAUGAAAACAUGGCACAAUUUUUUCUUUCUUUUUUUAUGCAAAAAUGACAGUAUGCACCACUUGUAGAUGGCACUAUAAGUAAAUUGGUCUUGUAAUUUAUGACAAUGUGUUAAUAUUUAGUCCUAAGACAUCUUUGGUGCUACAGACGAUAUACGACAUAAAAAGUCAACGAAUUAAACGCAAGCUUGUACUUCUAGAGUAUCUUGGUAA